UCUGAGUCGGACUGUUCGGAGGGAGGAGCCGAGCCGAGCCGAGCCGAGCCGAGCGGACUGAGAGCACAAGGUCCGACCUGCAGGACUGCCAGGUUCUGGUUCUGGUUCUGCCUCCUGCCGCCCGUGCGUCCGGAUCCGCCCGGUGGGUCCGUGAACGCACCAGGCUGAAUGUGACAGAAGUUCUGCUGAACUUUGAGCGGCUGUCAGACGAGCUCCGAGCCGGAGGAGGAGGCUCCCGGCCGGCCGCGGCUGCACCGAGCGUCCGCUGAGCAGCUCCGGAGCGGCGACAGCAUGUCGGACUCCGCGUCCAGCUUCCUGCACAUCGGAGACAUCGUGUCUCUGUACGCGGAGGGUUCGGUGAACGGGUUCAUCAGCACGCUGGGGUUGGUGGAUGACAGAUGUGUGGUCGAACCAGCUGCUGGAGAUUUGGAGAAUCCUCCAAAGAAGUUCAGAGACUGCCUGUUCAAGGUCUGUCCCAUGAGCCGGUACUCGGCUCAGAAACAGUUCUGGAAAGCCAAACAAGCCAAACAUGAGAAGGACAAGAUCGCCGACGUGGUUCUGCUGCAGAAGCUGCAGCACGCGUCCAAUCUGGAGCAGAAGCAGAACGAGACAGAAAACAAGAAAGUCCACGGAGACGUGGUCAAAUACGGAACCGUCAUGCAGCUGCUGCACAUGAAGAGCAACAAAUACCUGACGGUGAACAAGCGUCUGCCGGCGCUGCUGGAGAAGAACGCCAUGAGGGUGACGCUGGACGGGACGGGCAACGAGGGCUCCUGGCUCUUCAUCCAGCCCUUCUGGAAGCUGCGCGCCAACGGAGACAACGUGGUCGUUGGAGACAAAGUGAUCCUGAACCCGGUGAACGCCGGCCAGCCGCUGCACGCCUCCAACUACGAGCUGACCGACCACCCGGGAUGCAAAGAGGUGAACUCUGUGAACUGCAACACCAGCUGGAAGAUCAACCUGUUCAUGAUGUUCAGCGACCACCGAGAGGAGGUCCUCAAAGGGGGCGACGUCGUGCGUCUGUUCCACGCCGAACAGGAAAAGUUUCUGACCUGCGACGAGUAUAAAAGCAAACUGCACGUUUUCCUGCGGACGACGCUGAGACAGUCGGCCACGUCGGCGACCAGCUCCAACGCCCUGUGGGAGGUGGAGGUCGUCCAUCAUGACCCGUGCCGUGGGGGGGCGGGGCAUUGGAACAGCCUGUACCGCUUCAAACACCUGGCGACCGGAAACUACCUGGCUGCUGAGGAGAACCCGGGUUAUAAAGGCGACAACGCAGAGCUGACAUCGUCGAUGGACGGUAGUCGUAGCAACAAGCGUUCUCAUGGCGAGAGGAUCAAGUACAAACUGGUGGCGGUUCCUCACGGCAACGACAUCGCGUCGCUGUUCGAGCUCGACCCGACGACUCUGCAGAAAACCGACUCCUUCGUACCGAGAAACUCGUACGUCCGACUGCGACAUCUCUGCACCAACACCUGGAUCCAAAGCACCAACGUUCCCAUCGACAUCGACGAGGAGCGACCGAUCAGACUGAUGUUGGGAACAUGUCCCACCAAAGAGGACAAGGAGGCGUUCGCCAUCGUGUCCGUUCCGGUGAUGGAGAUCAGAGACCUGGACUUCGCCAACGACGCCAGCGCCAUGCUGAGCACGGUGGUGGACCAGUUCCUCCAGGGCUUCAUCAGCCAGAACGACAGAAGAUUCGCCAUCAAGCUGCUGGAGGACGUCGUGUUCUUCGUGGCCGAUGUCAUCAACAGCGGUCAGUCGGUUCUGGAUGUCGUCAUGACGAAAGCAAACCGAGAGAGACAGAAGCUGAUGAGGGAGCAGAACAUCCUGAAGCAGAUCUUUGGCAUCCUGAAGACCCCCUUUAAGGAUCGAGGAGGUGGUGAAGGUCCUCUGCUGCGUCUGGAGGAGCUGGCCGACCAGAAGAACACUCCAUACCAGUACAUGUUCAGACUCUGCUACCGAGUCCUGCGACACUCCCAGGAGGACUACCGCAAGAACCAGGAACACAUCGCCAAGCAGUUCGGCGUCAUGCAGAGUCAGAUCGGCUAUGACAUCCUGGCCGAAGACACCAUCACCGCCCUGCUGCACAACAACCGCAAGCUGCUGGAGAAACACAUCACCAAGACAGAGGUGGAGACCUUCGUCAGCCUGGUCCGCAAGAACCGAGAACCCAGGUUCCUGGAUUACCUGUCGGACCUCUGCGUGUCCAACAACGUGGCCAUCCCCGUCACCCAGGAGCUCAUCUGUAAAUGUGUGCUGGACCCCAAAAACCAGGACAUCCUCAUCAAGACAGAACGUCGCAUGCCGAGAGAGUCGCCUCCUGGUGGUGUUCAGGGAGAAUACAUGGGGAUGGAUGACUUUGGCGACGAGGAUGAGGUGUGGCUGGUGUGGACAGAUAAGACCAACGAGAGGCAGGAGAAGAGCAUCAGACAGCUGGCUCAGGAGGCCAGACAAGGCAACGCUCAUGACGAGAACGUCCUCACCUACUACAGGUACCAGCUGAAGCUGUUUGCCCGGAUGUGUUUGGACCGGCAGUAUCUGGCUAUUGAUGAGAUCUCCAAGCAGCUGGACGUGGAGCUCAUCUUCCUGUGCAUGAUGGACGAGACGCUGCCCUUUGACCUCCGGGCGUCUUUCUGUCGCCUCAUGCUGCACGCCCAUGUUGACCGAGACCCUCAGGAACUGGUGACCCCUGUCAAGUUCGCCCGGCUCUGGACCGAGAUCCCCACCUCCAUCACCAUCAAAGAUUACGACUCCAACAUGGACGACAGCAGAGACAACAAGAAGAACCGAUUCUCCAACACGAUGGCCUUCAUGGAGGAGUAUCUCAACAACGUCCUGCACGACGAGGUUCCGUUCCACAACGAGGAGAAAAACAAGCUAACGUACGAGGUGGUGAGCUUGGCCAGACAUUUGAUCUACUUCGGUUUCUACAGCUUCUUCGAGCUGCUCAGACUCACCAGAACCCUGCUGGGCAUCAUCGACUGCAGGCCGAACCCAGGACACGCCGGCGUCUUGUUCCACGAUGACGCUUCAGGGAAGAAUGUGAAGCGCUCCAUACAUGGGAUGGGUCAGAUGAUGUCCACCAUGGUCCUCAACAGGAAACAGUCCAUAUUUGGAGGUGCAGGGGCCAGAGGGGCGGGGCUGGGGGCGGGGCUUGUGCUUGAUGGACAAAGAGGCAGUAAAGACAGCAUUGACAAGAUGGACCUGACGGUGAUGGACACCAAGCUGAAGAUACUGGAGAUACUGCAGUUCAUCUUGAACGUCCGUCUGGACUACCGCCUCUCCUUCCUGCUGUCCGUCUUUAAGAAGGAGUUUGUGGACGUUUAUCCGAUGGCUGAUGCCGACGCCACCACCAAUAUGGAGCAAGCAGCCACCAUCAACCUGCAGCACAUUGGAGAGCAGGCGGAGGCCAUGUUUGGAGUCGGUAAAGGAAACAGCAUCCUGGAGGUGGACGAUGAAGGCGGUCGCAUGUUCCUGCGGGUUCUGAUCCACCUCACCAUGCACGACUACGCUCCUCUGGUGUCUGGAGCUCUGCAGCUGCUCUUCAGGCACUUCAGCCAGAGACAGGAAGUCCUGCACACCUUCAAACAGGUCCAGCUGCUGAUCUCGGCUCAGGAUGUGGAGAACUACAAGCUGAUCAAGGCGGAUCUGGACCGACUCAGGACGCUGGUGGAGAAGUCUGAACUCUGGGUGGAGAAGAAGAGUUCUGGUGGAGGCGACGGGAAGAAGGACAAGAAAGACAAGAAAGAGAAAGGAGAGGGGGCGUCGGAGGAAGCAACGCCUAAGAAGGAGAAACUGGACAAGGGCAACGAGAACUACCAGAAGGUCAAAGAGAUCCUGGAGAGGCUGAACAAGAUGUGCAGCAGUGGAGUUUGGAAGAAGCAGCAGAGGCUGCUGAAGAACAUGGGCGCUCAUAAAGUAAUGCUGGACCUGCUGCAGGUGUCCUACGACCAGAACGACGUGAAGAUGCAGGAGAUCAUCAGGUACACCCACCUGUUCCUGCAGAAGUUCUGCAUGGGAAACCAGGAGAACCAGACGCUGCUGCACAAGAACCUCACCCUGUUCCUGAACCCCGGGCUCCUGGAGGCGGAGACGGUUCAGCACAUCUUCAGCAACAACUACCAGCUGUGCAGCGAGAUCUCAGAGAGCGUCCUGCAGCACUUCAUCCACUGCCUGGCCACGCACGGCCGCCACGUCCAGUACCUCAACUUCCUCCACACCAUCAUCAAGGCCGAGGGGAAGUACGUGAAGAAGUGUCAGGACAUGAUCAUGACCGAGCUGACGAACGCAGGCGAGGACGUGGUGGUCUUCUACAACGACAAGGCCUCCUUCAACGUGAUGCUGGAGCUGAUGGCGGAGAGCAGGGAGGGCGUCGGCGAGAACAGCCCGCUCAGGUACCACAUCUCUCUGGUGGAGCUGCUGGCUGCCUGUGCAGAAGGAAAGAAUGUCUACACUGAGAUCAAGUGCACAUCGCUGCUGCCUCUGGAGGACGUGGUCCGAGUGGUGACGCAUGAGGACUGCAUCACCGAGGUGAAAAUCGCCUACGUGAACUUUGUGAAUCACUGCUACGUGGACACGGAGGUGGAGAUGAAGGAGAUCUACACGUCCAACCACAUCUGGAAGCUGUUUGAGGACUUCACGGUGGACAUGGCCCGGGUUUGUAAUAAACGAGAGAAGCGUCUGUCCGACCCGAUCCUGGAGAAGUACAUCAUCAACGUGGUGUUCGACACCAUCAACGCCUUCUUCAGCUCGCCAUUCUCUGAAAACAGCACGUCUCUGCAGACUCAUCACACCAUCGUGACUCAGCUGCUGCAGUCCUCCGUCCGCCUGCUCGACUGUCCGUGGCUGCAGCAGCAGCACCGAGGCCAGGUGGAGGCCUGCAUCAAGACGCUGGCCAUGACAGCGAAGAGCCGCUCCAUCGCUCUUCCUCUGGACCUGGAGGCUCAGAUCAGCUCCAUGUUGUCCAGCUCGGCUCUCAACUCUCUGUCGCGAUCGAACCCCAACUACAAGUCAUUGUCCCGUUCCUCGAGGCCCUCGGCUCCCAGCAACCCCUGGGACUACAAGAACAUCAUCGAGAAGCUGCAGGACAUCAUCAACACUCUGGAGGAGCGCCUGAAGCCGCUGGUGGACGCCGAGCUGUCGGUCCUGGUGGACGUCCUGCACCAGCCCGAGCUGCUGUUCCUGGAGGGGACGGACGCUCGGCAGCGCUGCGAGUCUGGAGGCUUCAUCUCCAAGUUGAUCCAGCACACCAAGGCCCUGAUGUCCGCCGAGGAGAAGCUGUGCAUCAAAGUGCUGCGGACGCUGCAGGAGAUGCUGAUCAGGACGCUGGACUUCGACGAGAAAGGAAUCUCACUGCGGAAGGUUUUGCUGCAGAACUACCUGUUUCCAAACAGGAAGAACAACCCGAAGAACGACUUGGCUGAACUCGGAGCUUCAGGUGAACGGAAGCGUCUGUCUCGUUUAGGAACUGUUUCUACGUCUCUGUGCAACACGAAGCUCAGCGGCGCUCAGAGGAAACUGUUUAGACGACGACAAAGAGAUUAAAAGAGAUGCGACAUAAACGUACAGAAAAGCUGAUAAUAAUAUAAAUAUGUGUAGCAAUACAGGUAUUCAUAAAAAAACGUUGAACUGAAAGAAUAAAUGUAGAAAUGGAUAAAUAAAGAAAAUAACU